AUGCUCAGCAACAAACAUCUAAGGACAUGCGCUAACGCUGGUACAGCUUGUUGUAAAUGGUGAGUUUUUAUAGGAAAUAUUGUUUAUUUUUAAUUUUCACGGCAAGAGAUAUCGCUUACACUGAUCACGGCAUUUACUUUUUUAAUGGACGCGACAGUUUGCUUCUCUCUGGCUUUCAAGUCGUAACAUGUUUUAUAAACAACUGAAUCAUUGGAUAAUGCAAUUCUAGAGCUCUGAUUGGCUUAGCCAUCAUGGUAUAUGAGCCAAUUCACCUAAAUGUUGCGUCUUUCUCCUUAAGUCGCCUUAAAUCGCCUUAAGUCGCACAACAUUUAGCCCAAAUUGUCCUAAAGUCGCCUUAAAUCGCUUAAGUCGCCUAAAAUUACGGCGACUUAAGGGUCCCAUAGUAGGCCUAUUAUAUCAUGCUCUCCAAAUGUGGUAAGUGUUCACGUCUGCUCAAAAUUAAAGGCAAACUGAAAAUCGGGUGUAUUUACAAAUAAAAUUGGGGAAAAUUGUCGAUAUUUUGUGGAAGGUUUUAAUAAAAAAGUUAUUUCACACGCCUUGUUAGAUAUGGGAUGAUUAUAGCCAACUCGGCGCCUUGCGCCUCGUUGGCUAUCUACCAUCUCACAUCCAAGCGCACUUGUGGAAUAAUUGUAAUUAUUAUUCAUUCAAAAUAUUUCCCAGUUUCUGAUUGGUUAAAAUCACAAGCAUAUUUCACCAUAACCAGCUACUGUUGACCAAAUUUGGAAGUAUAUAGGCAUCGUUCUUGACGAUAGUCUUACGUGGAAAGACCAUGUUCGUUGUGUUAUUUCUAAGGUUGGUAAAAGAGUUGGUGUCUUAGGGCGCCUUAGAAGGAUUAUCACUAUACAUGCAGCUUUCGAGAUGUAUAAUUCAUUAAUUUUGCCCAUUUUUGAUUAUUGCGAUGUUGUUUGGUCCAGCUGCAAUAAAGCAGAUAUGAAAGUUGAAUAAGGAAGUUAUUUCAAGAGAAACAAGAAGAAGCAAUUUUAUAUACUUACCUGCAGUAAGAACUGAGACCGCCAAGAAAAGUUUUUAUUAUAAUGGCUCAGUUGUGUAUAAUAAUUAUUUAGUGAAUAAGAAUUAGUUUUAAUUGUUAUACUGUACUAUUAUUAACUUAUAGUUACUUUAUUAGUUACUAUAGUUACUUUAUUAGUCUUAAUUUAGGACUCCUAUUGAUAACAGAUACACUUUUAAGUAUUCUGAAGGGAUUACCCUAGUUAAAUAAAGGUUUACUACUACUAUAGUAAACCGAUGACGUCAAAAGUGCAGCCAAGUUGCAGAUUAUUGAACAGUUAACCCGAGAAAACCUGGGGACGAGGUUGAGUAGUUUUGGUAGCUAGACCAAAAUGGCGGAACAGUCAGCGGAACAUUUUACUCGUUUCACGGCGAAAUUUUGUCUAAAGCCAUGGCAAGAACAGCAAGAAGACAACUGGAUGCGCGAUAGACGACAUCUGCUAUUUGGAGUAUAUUUACUGACCUGAGCAGACCUUUAUCUCCUAAACUUCUCGAUAAAGAUGCACUAUCGAUAUGAGCUUAACAUCGACCGAGGUUAGCAUGUGUUAGCUUGUUUUUAAACUUGGAAACAUUUUAAAGGAAUGAUAAAUGAGGCUAAGUAGGAUAUGAAGAAUUCUGCAGAUCUCGGAUUGUUAUAUUUAGGAAUUGAAUUCGUCAUAUCCUACGAAAGCCGAAUUCAAUUCCUAAAGAUAACAAUGUUAUAAUCUGGUUACUAGUUUAGAUGCUCCACCACUGAGCUACCGAAAAAUAAUAAAAUAGAGCGAUAGUGCUUUUGGGCUACCCCUCUAAAUUCGACGUACAGAAUUGAAUGUUCAAACGUCGUAACACUAUACCAACUCUUCCGUUCGUAUUGUACACUUGACAAUCAGGCUUUUUUAAUUAUUAAACAAACAGUAAAAAGCCACUGAUAUUUCUUUUCCUUGCACUCUUUCAGUUCAUCCUCGAGUUUCCCUCCAUCCGGGGCCUCAUUACGCCAUUGAAGGCAGCAACUUUACUCUUCCCUCCUGUCACGUGACUGGUUACCCACCACCGGUCGUCAUUUGGAGAAAGGCAUCCGGCCAGUUGCCCCAUGAGAGGGUGAAGUAUAACAACAGUAGCUUAAAACUUUUAAAUGCUCGAAAAAUAGAUUCUGACUUGUAUCUCUGUUCAGCAACAAACCUACUUGGAACUACUGAAAAGAAAGCACUCGUAGUGAUCGUUUCCCAUCCUCGAUUUAUUGUUAAGCCACCUUUGAGCAUUUUUGCAGGGCUCGGAGACACCUUGACGCUUAAUUGUAGCGCAACUGGUGACCCUCAACCAGUUAUUAGCUGGAGAAAACAAGGAGGUUAUCUGCCAGUUGGAAGAAACCAGCAGAUUAAUGGUGUGUUAGUGAUUAGAGACAUUACAAAGAAAGAUGCAGGUCAUUACAUUUGUACCGCAACCAGCGCAGGAGUUUUUGACGUAGAAACUGUGACUCUCGUUUAUUCAUCAAGAGGUCAGUUAUAAAUAUAGCUUAUAAGCGCCUCAACUGAUACAAAGGUCAAUGUUAAGCUGUUGCUAUCAUGUUAAAGUUACCAAGGUUUUCGAGGGACGCAAUUACCACUUAAUCAGCCUUCAGCCCUUAAUCACACUGUUGAUUAUAUUUCAAGAACUGAUGUGAUCUUCAAAAUAUCUAUUAAAGCGCAUUAUUUCAAUCUUGACUAUCAAGAUAGAGGUAGAAAAAUCCUAUGGUCCUUAUAGAAAUUUGCUUAAUAGACAUUUUCACUCUCUUAUAGGUCAAGACUGUUUAUCGCUCCUAAAAUAAAGCCGUUACUGUUGUUUAUUCUCUACAGAUUGUUCUGAUUUGUUAAAAUCAGGCCACACUCAGAGUGGAGUGUACUCUGUGAACCCAGACGGUAAAGGAUCCUUCAAUGUAUAUUGUGACAUGCGCACUGAUGGUGGAGGAUGGACCGUGUUUCAGAGAAGACAAGAUGGCUCUGUGGACUUCUAUCGAGGAUGGAACGAUUACAAAUCAGGUUUUGGUCAGCUGACGGCUGAGUUCUGGUUAGGAAACGACAAGAUCCACAGGCUUACGGCCGCUAGACCCAGCUCUCUACGAGUGGAGCUAGAGGACUGGAACGGAGUAAGAGCAUAUGCUAAAUAUGGCAAGUUUAAGAUUGGUGAUGAGCAGGCGAAGUAUCGACUUGAAGUGGGUUCAUAUUCAGGGACGGCAGGAGAUUCGUUAACAUAUCAUAAUAACAUGGCGUUUAGCACAAAAGACAGAGAUAAUGACAGAUGGCAUGGUAACUGUGCUGUUCUAUACACUGGUGCCUGGUGGUACGACGCUGGCCACCAAUCCAAUCUAAACGGAAAAUACGUGGGAAACAAGGGAUUUGGGAAAGGAGUCUUAUGGUGCUACUUUAGAAGUGAUUUUUCGCUUAAAUUUACUGAGAUGAAGCUAAGGCCGCCAUCUUAA